CAUCUAACCAGAAAUGCAAAUACGAUUCCUGAACAAACUAAUGGCUUGGAAGCUUUGCUUUUUUUUAUCGAUGGAGAUUUAGAGAUAAUGUGUGAGCAAUUGUAGUAGUCCUGCCUGGUCUACAUUUCCAAAAAGAGAAGUACCACAGAGAAUGGGCUGCACGAAGAGAGGUUUGACGUUGUCACAUUUAAAUGGGCCUACAUUUAAAUGGACCCAAGCCUAUUACACACCAUUUGUUGGGGCAGACUAUAAAAAUCAGUUGCUCGUCUGAAAUCUCUUAAAUACCUCUUUGAAUAUAGCGUUACCUGCUACCUGCUGAACCACACCUUGUUCUAACACCCAUCCCUUGACACAUACUCAACAGGCAUCAUGGGAUCUCUAGAUACAGACAUUAGUCAGGACUUUCAGGAUGCCAUUGAUGUGAUGCAACGACACUCUGAAAUAUUCUACUAUGACACAGACACUAAAUACUAUGAGACUCUGAGGAGUCAGGACUCUUCUGUGUCAUACCCUGCUUCUUGUUACCAUUCUUGUUACAACCCCCACGGUGGGGGUCCAGGAACCACAUGUGACUGGGGUGAAGCAUCAUCUUGGUCUCAUGUUGUGCCAGAGGCAUCUCCAUGGGCAACAGCUGAGUCCCCAACACUUUACCCAAUCCUACCAGAACGCAUCGGAAAAACCCGAAAGAAGCUCCGUCUGUACGAAUACUUACAUGAAGCACUCCAUGAUGCCAGCAUGGGUGACUCCAUCCAGUGGACAGACCGCGGGAGUGGCACUUUCCACUUCAUCUCCAAGAACAAAGAAAAGCUGGCUGAAUGCUGGGGCCAGCGCAAGGGCAACCGCAAGGCCAUGACUUACCAGAAAAUGGCACGGGCCCUACGCAACUACAGCCGCACUGGGGAGAUCAUCAAGGUGCGGCGCAAACUCACCUACCAGUUCAACCCACUGAUCCUACAGAGACUGGGCACCAUGGCAGCUUCCAGCUCCGGGCCCUCAGCGCAAGAACAAGUCCCGUCUGACCAGGGUUAUUACUGCUCAGCUGGACCUGACUGGCACAGCUGGUACGGGCAGUACCCUUACCAAGGGGAGUAUGACCUCACCUCUGUACUGACAUCACGGUCUGAAACGGUCUGAAAACACAUGCUCCAUCUGAAUGAGCCAUUCCGGACCCUUCCAUU